GCACUGAUAUAUGAAUUACGUACUCGUGAAAGUUGUUUGGUGUUUCUAGAUUUCAACUAUUUUCAUUCAUUUACACCUGAUUUUUUAUUUACACCUAUACAUAACUACUCAUGUUCCUUUCUAGUUUCAUGCUCUUCCACGCUGGCACAUUCUCUCGAGCAUUAAUCGACCGGCAAGUGCCAGUGAAGGAUCGCUGAGCCGAUCCGCAAACACGAGUUUGUAUAGUUAGACAAUAGUUUGAAAAAGUUCUGAAAGGAAGAACAAAUAUAUAAAAAUGUAUGUAUGUGUUAAAUAGUCUCAUGAUUUCGACGAUAUAAUUAUUUUGUGUUUGGAAGAACAUCAGAUGUUGCACUGAAUGAUUUUAAUAAAAGUCUGCUGGUGACUCUCCCCAACUAUUCGCAACAAUGGGAGCCUCUCAUCCCGAACAAGAACUGUCGCUGUACGACCGUUCCCUCCUAUUAGAUCUGGAUUUUUCGCGUUCGCAGGCUAAAUUUGAACCAUCCAUUUCCGCGGCCUGCCCCGGAGAACCAUGGCUAAAGGUUCGUCCUCUGCAGAGCGGAGACUACCACCGUGGUUUUAUACAGAUCCUGACCCAACUGACUUCAGUGGGCGAUGUGUCUUUGGCGCAGUUUUUGAAUCGCUUCGCACAAAUGCGGGCCAGUGGAGAUUACUACGUCACGGUGAUUGUUGACAGUCGGUCUGAUAAAAUUAUUGGUAGUGCAACACUUGUAUUGGAGCACAAAUUUAUCCACGGCUGUUCCGUCCGGGGUCGGCUCGAAGAUGUUGUUGUGGAUGACACUUACCGAGGAAAACAACUUGGAAAACUGAUUGUCGUCACUGUAUCUUUGCUCGCGCAACGUCUUGGCUGUUACAAGAUGUCACUCGAUUGCAAAGACAAGCUUGUACCCUUUUACAAAUCGAUCGGUUAUGUGUUAGAACCUGGUAAUGCUAACACCAUGAAUAUACGAUACGAACAGCAGGAUCCAUCCUGACAAUUAGCCGCCAGUGCUGCUAACAGAAAAUCCAAGCUCUAAACAUUGCUCUAUACAUUACUAUGUUAUAUAUGCAAAGUUACAUGAAACUGUUAAUAUGGUUUAGUUAUAAAACGUAUUCUGAUAGUCCGUUAUGUUCACAUGUAACAUGUUGUUCAAUAGAACACUCUGCAUAGCAAUGAUUUCAGGAACAAAGCAUAAUUUGAUUCCAAUUGGGUUUUCCACAGUGGCACCUGGCACAUAAAGGAAAUAUUUUUAUUCUGUUUUUAUAUCAAUAUUUUCUAAUUGCUCGCAUUUUCUGUCUGGUGGUCGUGCUUCCGAAAUUUGCUGAAAAUUUAUAAUCAUCGGUACUUACUUAAUGAAUUAUUUUAAAAUUACUUAAAUGAAAUUAAAUAAAUUAUUAUAACAUUGAACAAAAAACAAA